CUGGGUGUGGGUUGUUUCAAUGGCGGACACUUGACUCCGUUUACUUCUUGUGGUUCAGCCUGAAGUUCAAGAGACAAACUCCUAAGCGCCGAGUCUUUAGAGGAUAAUGUUUGGGCGGUGGACAGCGCGGAAAGAGGAUAUGAAAGACUGUUUCAAAUUUGAUACGGGUUUUAGAGAGACGCUCGUAAAAAGUCGUCGAUUUGUGUCCCUCUGAAUAAAGCGAAGAGGAACCGAGCGACGGCCAACUUCUUGCCCGAGCGCAGCGGGCACACGGAGAGGGAGGUCCGCGCUCAAAGAACCGUCAAGAAAAUUUAGCUUUUUCUAAACUGGACUAAUUAUUUAUUCAGGUACAAUGCUGAAGCUUUGCCUCCAGAGAGCUCUCCGGCCAGCUGUACACAAGUUAUCCCCGGCGGUGGCGGUGGUGGAAGCCGCGCCGAGGCUGCCGGGGACGGGGCGACACACGCCGCGUUGCUGCAUGGGGACACACGGGAGGAACGAGCCGAGGGAGCCGCUCAACUCCCCGAAGAGAGCUAAAGAGUUCAUCUACCGGCUGCAGCCCAAGGAGAGGACAUGUUUACUGGUCGAGCUGCAGAGUUUCGAAUCCAUUGCCAUCGCUCAAGAGACACUGGACCCCUCGCCCCCCACUGCAGCCCAGAUCAGAUAUGUUCUGUUCCACAAUGCACUCCCCUUUGUUGGAUUUGGUUUUCUGGAUAAUGCCAUCAUGAUUGCAGCAGGAACUCAGAUUGAACUUUCCAUCGGAGUCACUCUGGGGAUCUCCACCAUGGCUGCUGCUGCUCUGGGGAACCUGGUUUCAGACUUGGCAGGUCUCGGUCUUGCAGGUUAUGUGGAAGCUCUGGCUUCCAGACUGGGGAUGCAGGUUCCAGAUCUGACUCCCAAACAGGUGGAUAUGUGGCAGACCAGGCUCAGCUCUCACAUGGGUAAAGCCAUCGGUGUGUCCAUCGGCUGCAUUUUGGGGAUGUUCCCGCUGCUGUUCCUGAGCGAUGACGAUGACAAAGAGAAAGAAGCACAACCCAGCAGUGACACAGCAUCACAGUCCUCCUAAUAAGCCACUACAUCUGCACCAUCACAUCUCAAAGUGGAUUCUGCUGAUUUUUUUUAAUAAGUAUUUACAGUCGGGCGUUUCUCUGUCGUCCUGCUCAGGCAGCGUUUACCGCUUGUGUUUCUGUAAAACCUUUAGAAGCAGUUUGUGGAGAUUUAAUUGGCCACUUAUGAUGUCUAGUUCCAAAACCUUGAGUUCUUUUUUUAGCUUCCUUUUGAAGCAGCAGGCGAUGGUAUCUUUAUAUCUGCUUCAUCAAGACACGCCGUCUGUUGUUGCAAUGUCAGGCAGCAAGGAGAGGUCUUAUUCUGAUUUAAAUUCAAGGUAACGAAAGAUGAGCUAUGGAGGGAUUUAAGUAAUGUUGCUUCUGCAAUUGAUUCUUCAUAUCAGUCAUUUUAUUAAUUGAUCCCUUCAUCCGUCCCCUAGUGGGAGGUUGUUGGUAUUUAAAGGAAAACUAGAACAUUUACUAUCCUUAGAUUCUCUUCAGUUGAAAACAUGAUCUUCAGGCAACAUGUUUCCCAUUUAGAUGUUCUUGUCUGACAUUGUGAUGUGUCGUGUAAUGACAGCACAUGCAAAAACGUGUCAAGUUAGCAAACUAAGCAAUGUCAAUUGUACAGAAAUCUUUAUUUUUGCUUAUUUAUAAGAAGCAGGUUGUCUUAAUUAUCUUAACAUUUUAACAACACUAGUAUGGAUUUGUGAAAUUUAGCUCAGCAGCGAAAUUUCCCUGAUAAUUCCUGCACAAUUUGCUCUGAAUGCGUAAAUAUCCACAGACAUCUACCCGAAAGAGCCCAUAUUUGGUGUUUGGAGUUUUUCCCUUUUCUUUAGUGUGUUGCAGUUCUUUUGUGCGUGUUAAAGGUCUGCAAACUUACAAAGCCCAAAGUUCAACUUGCAACUCAGAAAACAGUGCUCCUUACCGACAUGAAACACUUCAAUUAAAGUCCAGUCUUUUCUUCUGUUUUCUACAUCACUGUGUAACACAUUUGCAUAACACGUGUUUGACCUCAGAAAGUUAUUUCUUCAAUAGAGCUGCCUCUUCUACAGCUACAUCUGCUACAUAUCAAGAGAUGUACAGGUACCCUGCUUUAAUCAGGCCAGAUGACCAAUCAGAGCACACUGGGCUUUGAUAAUAGGGUUAACUUAAAGGGUUAAAGAAAUCGAGGUUAAAACGAAGACAGAAGGGGAGAAGAGGUGCAACAGAAAAGUACAGAAUGAGAAAAAUGUUGAGAAUGUUUAAACAUUCAAGAAUAAAAGCAUAUACAUGGGCCCCUGUAGCUCAAUAGGUUGAUCGUACGACCCAUAAACGGGCUGUAGUCCCCGAAGCAGUGGUCAUGGGUUCGAAUCCAGCUCAUGGGCCUUUGCUGCAGGUCCUUCCACCACUCUUCUCCCCACUUUCCCAUCUCUCUCUCUCACUGGUGUCUGUCAAUAAAGCCAGAAACAGGCCAAAAACAUAACUUUAAAAAAAAAAAGAGAACAUAUUCUAGUACAACCUAGAAAUGCAAUUAUAAAGCAGUUAAUGUGCAGAAUAUGGGGCUCUUUAAAUGUAUCAGCUAACAUUCAUCACCACAGGUAUUUGGUCAUAGCAGACCAAUUACUGAGUAUUAUAUGAGUGUGAUAAACUGACAGCUGAUGAGAUCUUUUGAUCUGUAACAGGAAGAUUGUGUUGUUUUGGCUUUAGAAGUUGCAUCAAUACACUUUAAUAGCAUCAACUGAUAGUUCAAGAUUAUCUGCAAGCAUUUUUUCAGCCCAAGACUCAGUAAUGAAACUAAUAUUAUUCUAUUGGUUUGACGUCAAAUAACAACAUACAUGAUUAGAUAGCAAAUAUUUGAGGUGUACUGAUCCAGUUUGUGGGUCUGUACCGACAGAUGAGCCAGGUGGGAGCGAGGAAUCGAUGUUUCCUCUGCCAGCUUCAUUGACUCGGUCACAGCAGGGUGCAGUGUGUCGCUAAACCCUUCAGAACCGUAGGGAGACAUGCUCAGCUGAAGAAGACAUCACAGUCAGUGUAGAAAACUCAUUAAUAAAAAGUACAAGAGCCCCUUGAUGGCUGUGCAGCACAAACUUCAUUCAAUAAUCUGACAAUUUGGCAGCAGAUUUCAUUCUUUGGAGCUUCAAAUUUUUUAGCAGUCUGAUGUUUCUUAGAAAAAAAAUGAAGGUAGUGAGUUUCAUGCUGCGAGGUACUAAUUUUAAGCUGAUAAAAAUAGAGCACUAAAACUGGCAGAGAUGCUGGAGAGAACCUUGUGGUUGCUUUUACCACCCCUCCAUUCAUUCAGUAUUUCAGUAUCAGUAUGUUUCUGUGUAGUUUUCAACCAAAUGUUGAUAAGAAGAGUGAAAUCCAGCACUUUGCUCCUCAGUUUUCUUCCCCUUUCUGAGUUUGACACCUAACACACGACUUGUGAAUUCUGACAGAGCACCCUUUAGGAUAGGUAAUGCUCACAUGUCUCACUGCUGUAGCUGUGGUUCCUCCUCUUUCCAACCAUCAGCCUGUUUUUCCCGCAGAAGGGCUCCAGAAAUCCAGUUUUGUUGUGAAGAAACCAGUGCUUAUUUUCCGCCCCGACAGCAGAAACACAAACUGUAAAUACUGACCGACUGUUUUAGCAGUUGGGACACUAAUUUACUUGUUUUUAUUUUAUUUUAUUUUUUUUCUGUCAAGCAGACACUUUAUACAUUUGAGGACUAUAUCUCUCCAAACACUAUUUAUUCGUGAGUCGAAUAAGUUCCUCUUCAGCUCGAACUGAGCAGCGACAAACUAUAAAGUUACUGCGACUGAGUAUCUUGUGUAUCUUUAAACUUCCAUGAAAACAAAUGUAAAUGAAAACAGGAAGAGUGCCAUCUGCUACCUCAAGGAGUGAUUUAAGUGUUUGCAUGAAGAACUGAUGUAGCUCUAUAAUCGGACUGUUUCCAUCUCGGAUGAUUUUUAACAUGCAGGAAAGUCCUCAGAUGUUUUGUGUGAGGCGGAUUUAAAAAGGAGGCGCUCUGUGGCACUAAAGUCGCUAUUUUUAGUUUGCUGUUUUUUGCCAAGGUGGGCUUGCAUCUUUGUGUUUUUCUGUCCUGCACCGUCUUUUUCUUUUUCACUCCUUUCCCUCACACAUACUCUUGACUCAGAUCCAGCAGUCUGUGUAAUUAGUUUUUUAGCUUCUGUUUCAUCGCUCUUGAAGCUUCCAGAUGGUUGUUUGUCAGCUCUGGAGUUUCACUGAUUUCUGAUACUUAGAGCUUCCCCUCCCUCUUUAUUUCUUUCCUUCUUAAUCUGUCUUUUUCAGUCUGCUUCUCCGUCUCACACUCUAGCAGUCAGCAGCACACCUGCAAGCUGCUCUGGGAAUCCAACUGAUUCUUUUCUCCGGUUGUUUUCCAAGCAAUCUGUUUACUGCAGGUAUACUGAAUUACAUUUACCUCUCGCUGGUCUGUUUUAUUGUCCGAAUUACAGCUGUUUCAUCAUUGAUCAAUCUUUAUUUGUGAGCAACAAGUUUUUAUAUAAAACCUCAGAAAACAUUCACAUAAUAAUGUACCAGAAAUUAUAGUUAUUUAGUGGAUGAUUUGGGCUGUAAUCAAAGUUAAUCGUGAUGGACUACAAUCGUAUAUAUUCUUAAAUGAAAAGAAAUCUGCGUAUUAUCUGUUUAUGAGCUAAACUGAAACAAUGUACUCUUUGCUCCCAAGCUGCUGACCCUAUUAGCCUAAAUUAAUUAUAGAUCAACAUGAAAGCUAAUAUUUUAUGUUUGAGUAUGAUUGUUUUAUACUGAAAUCAUAACAGGUUUGGCGCAAACCAGCUGCUUAUAUUUAGGUGAUUUCUGAUAAUACAACGAGAUCAACUUGAGAUUGGGGAAUAUAACACAGACAAGCUAGCUGCUGUUCUUAGACCAUCUGUUAUGUUGGUUGUUGAGUUGUGAUACGUUAAACUGCUUUUUGGCCAUCUGUUUGCACAAAAUGCAUCCACACCGAUAACUUCUUUGAAAUUGUGUGAGUUGCUUUCAUGCUGCCUCCAAAUAAAUGUUCAGAAAAUGCUAAAUACAUUAAACAGUCUCCAUGAAGGUGCACAAGUUCAAAGUUGUGAAACUGUGGGAUGUUGACAUGUAGUCUGUUCCUCCUGAUACCAAAAGUAAUGAAUUAAUCCUAGGAUACUGUUGAUGUAGCGUUUUUUUCACUAUGACCAAUGACAGUUUGGUCGCAUGAGAUCAUAACCAGCUAGUUGAUCAGUUGACCUCAAACCUGCAAACUUAGUUGACAAUAAAACCCAGAAAAGCAGCAAAUUCACGUAUUUUAGUAACUGGAACAAGUGAAUGUUUACCUUUUUUGCAUAAUAAAUAGAAAUUGGUUGAUUACACAAAUUGAAAUGAUUAAUGAUUCGUCUCAUCAUGAAGUUUUUGCACCUAAUUGCGUGUCUAUGUACAGCUCGCUAGACAGAAGUAUACACUAUAUAGAUGACUGAUGAAACACAAAAACUAAACAUACAGUUGUUUUUUUUAUGGAUUCUCAGCUCAUACAUUUAUCCAACAGGGAGAGGCCUUAAGUGGAAACCUUUUCCAUGGCUUUAGGUUGCAUCACUCCAAGAAUGUUUCUUGCUUUUGUAGCUAACAGAAGCUACAAUAAUUAGAGACUCGCAGCCUGUAGGUACAAGUUUACAGAAAUGAAAUGUCGGGGUGUUCAGGCCUGUUGAACUGCAUGCGUUUGUUGUCUUUUUCAUAUUUUUGCAAUUGUAGGAAUAACUUUAAAAAUCACCCCAGAGUUUCAGUGCAUUUCUUUUACAAAGUUAAAUCCUACUGGAUGUGACUCUAUUUCCCAGAAUCCUCUCUGUGAGUGUCAGAACUGGUUUUGAUGAGCUCAUACUCGCUUUGCGUCCCACAGUGUAAGCAGAAUAGAGUAGUCUCCGGGCUUUGAAAAGUUUGAUCAUUGCCAAAACCUUAGUAAUGAAUGUCGUGCCGUGUGUUAGUUUGCUGAUGUUAUUUGCCAGAUUAUGAAAUAUUUAUCUGUAGAGCAAUGGGGGACAUUCUGAGCACAAUCCUCAAAUCUAAAGGAAUUAAGGGCUGGUUUCAAAAAAAAAAAAAGUUUAACAAGCGACCGGCUGAGUUGAGGCAGAAAUGUUUGAACACGGUUUUAAUGAGUGUCUGGACGCGGCUGCAGGAUUAACUGUAAAAGCCUCGAGGGAAAUUGGCUUUUUUUAUUUUGUCUGCCUGCCUCUUUAGAAGAGAGAUUUGCUGCGGAGGAUGAGGCGAAGCAAUAUACCAUCUGUGUGAAUCCUGUGGUAAAUCUAUCAAUACGGAGAUAUGAAAUAUUAAAUGCUGUCGAACAACCUCAACUUUUUUGUAUCAUCUCAUAUUUGUGUAUUUUUUCUAAGAGAAUGAAGAUGGACUGUGUUCUCUAUAUGGAUGAUGUUUUGCAUCUCGGAAGUGUAAAAAAAAGUUUUUUUGAAGCCUAUGAACAAAAGUCUGUCAGUUAAAGGAAUGCCGUGUUGUGCUGCCAUCUAGUGGACACUCGGACAGCAGCAGAUGUGCACUGAUACAUGUAUGCACUGUAAAACCUGUAAUGUCCAAGGAUCCAGUAUGUCUGUAUUUUGCAUUGUUCUUAUGUGCAUUUAAAAAAAGAGAUAAUAAAUCUGGGAGUGUUUA